GGAGGGAGGGAAGGGGGGAGGCCGUCUGCGCGUGGGCUGGCUUCCUGGGGGUGUUUUUGCGCCGAGGGGAGGCUCAGCCCCGAGAGCGGGCACCGGGGCGCCCGGCGGAGGGACUCUCUCCCUCUCCCUCCCCUUCCCCUCUCUGCCAAAAGCCAAGCCCCCUCUUCCAUCCAGGAAGCCAUGCGCCCCCGGUGACAGACAAUGGAGGUGACGGACUCCGGCGGCGUGGUGCUCACAGCCUACCAUUCCUACGCUGCUGCUGCUUCCCGGCUGCCGGGCAAAGCGGAGCCGGACUUCGCGGGACCCAGCCGCUCGCCCCUCAGAAAAUCCCUUCCUCGGUGCCAAAGAAUUAGCAGGAUGCUCUCCAGUGAAUCCUUGCGUCCUCCUGUGUACAGUCGCUCUAAUUCCCAAGCUUCUGUUGACAGCACUUCCAUGGAAGAUUUCUGGUGUGAAGUAGAAAAUAUCAAAGAAAGCACUGAAGAUAGGCCAGAUGAACAAAACCUGUUAGAAGUCAAGCCUCGUGAUGAAGGUGAACUGGAAGCUGAAUGGUUGCAAGAUGUAGGUUUAUCGACAUUAAUAUCAGGAUCUGAAGAGGAUGAUGGAGAGGCAUUACUAUCAACCCUCACCCGAACGCAAGCUGCUGCAGUACAGAAGAUAUAUAAUAUUUACACUCAAACAAUGAGAAAGAAAAAUAAGCACACAGUCAGAGAUGUGCGAGAUAUCUUUGGCAUCAAUGACACAUCACCUAUGUUUGAAGCCAUACCAGUAUCACCUGUUACAACCAAUGGCAUUCAACUUCCCGUACAAAAACCAGUUUGGGAAAUGCGUAGCUCAAAUAACCAUUUAGAAUAUGAAUUUGAUAAAGACAACCAGUUGGUGAAAGAAGAGCUGUCCUUUGACGUCUCAUUCUCAGAAUCAAUGACAGUGAUUCCAAAGCAUAGAGAGUGGCAUAAAAACCAAAGGUUAAAAAAGGACGAAUCUUCUUUGCCUAACUUUACAAUCAGGAAAAGCCGAUUAGGACUGACUGCAAUUGGAGAUUUGUCUCCUGAUGACAUGAAGAAAAUUUGCUAUUUCUCUCUGAUUGAGCUGACAGCCUUCUACGAUGCUUUAGGAAUAGAGCUGAAGAGGAACCGAACAGAAAGGAUCAAGGGAAGAGAAAAUGGCCUUUUUGGAGUUCCACUGGCAGUAUUGCUGGAAAACGACCAGAAAAAGGUUCCUGGGAUAAAGGUUCCACUCAUCUUUCAAAAACUAUUACUCAAGCUUGAAGAAACAGGCCUGGAAACGGAAGGAAUUCUUCGAGUGCCAGGAUCUGCUUCACGGGUUAAGAGUCUUCACCAAGAAAUUGAAACAAAAUUUGAUGAAGAUGCUUUUGACUGGGAUCAAGUGCGUAAUAAUGAUGCAGCAGGACUGUUGAAGAUGUUUAUACGGGAACUUCCAAGUCCCCUCUUCACUAUGGAAUAUCUGCCUGCCUUCAUCUCAUUAGUGGAAAAAAUCUCUCAGGUCAAACUGCAGCUGCAGGCCUUGCAGUUGCUGAUCCUGUUGCUUCCUGAUGCCAGCAGGGAUGCAGUCAAGGCCCUUCUGCAGUUCUUGAAAAAAGUGGUGGCUAAUGAGAAGAAGAACAAAAUGACUUUAUGGAAUGUUUCCAUGAUUAUUGCCCCAAACCUUUUCAUCUACAAAGGCAAACGUGCAAACCAAGAAGAGAUGCUAGCAGCUGCCACCACAGCCCAUGUUGUGAGACUUUUGAUAAAAUACCAGGAUAUCCUGUGGACAGUCCCAACAUUUCUGAUUUCUCAGGUGAGAAAGAUGAAUGAGGCUACUAUUAACAAUACCAAAAGGCAGCUAAUGUUUGACAAAGGUGUGCGAAGGCUACUAAGAAGAAAAACUAUGGAGCGAGAGAGGCCAGAAAAAACAGAGUCUGACAUACCUGAGGGAGUGAUAAGAGUUCAUGCACCAUCACAUUCAAAAGUUUCUAUGGCAAUUCAGCUGAACAGUCAAACAAAAGCCAAAGAUAUUCUGGCACGAUUUCACUGUGAAAACAGCCACACCUCAUCAGAGAAGAUGAAAAUGCAAACCCAACGUUUACAUGAAAUUGGAGGAAACAUAGGACAGCACUGUUUGGAUCCCGAUGCUUACAUGUUGGAUGUUUACCGUGCAAAUCCACAAGCAGAAUGGGUGAUUAAACCAAAAAUAAGUUGAAAUCUGUAAUGGCGUCUUGGCAGAGCACUUUGGAGAAUGCCAAAAGAAUGGUUGAAAAGCUCCCUCUUUGUCUGCGGUGAAACCAAAGUAGUGAUGAAACUCAGCAAAUACCUUCUCGGUGUAAUUUGCAACCUGUGUCUUCCAAGUGUUUCAUAGAUUUUGAGAAUUCUUACUUCAGUUAAUGGUUUGCUAUAUUAAUAAUUUAUUUUGUAAUGACUAUAUUUUUAACACUGGUUUUACUGCUGCCACUUUUCAACGGAUAUGAAGGAAUACAACCGGCUCUUGUUAAUAGACUAAAAACUGGAUCACCAGUUCCACUGUCACCAUCACACCAUGUACAUUGAUAUUUACUUAAGGUGGAAUCCCAGGAGGAUAAGGACGACUAUCAGAAAAGAGACAGUAUCAUUUAAUAUGAAGGACGGUGCCAAAAACCAUCCCUGGUCAAAGGACUUUUUUAUUGUCAAAUACUUGUGACUCAGUUCAAGUUAGCCAAUAAGAGGGAAAAACUACUGUGUAAAGCAUUUUUACUGUUAAUGUACUGUGCAUGUAUAUAAAUAUAUAGGUAUAAACAAUUACAUAUCAGGGUCUUAAUGGCAUUUCUCUGGUUUAUCCAUGUCUAAAUUAAUAUGUAGCAAUUUUCACAAGUUAACAUGUGCAUUUUAUACAUAUGAAUGAUUGGAGAGCCAGUGAAGUGUAUUAGUUUGAGUGUUGGGCUAUGACUCUGUAGACCAGGGUUCAAAUUCCCACUUAGCCAUGAAACCCGCUAGGUUACCAUGGGCAAGUCACACUCUCUCAGCCUCAGAGAAAGGCAGUGGUAAAUAUCUUGGAAUGAAUCCGACAAUAAACCCGUUUGCUUUAGGUCACUGUAGGUUGGAAAUGACUUAAAGCCAAACAAAAAUUAUUAAUGAUUGAUUCCAAAUACAAACUACUUUGAAAGAACUGAAAAACAGAAGUCUAGAAACUUCAUAAAAUUUUCAAAUUGUUUUUUAAUUAUGUAUCACUCUAUUGUUACACAUUUAUAGCAUGUGACUUUCGUGAUUUCUUGCUCGAAUGCAUCAUCCUUCCCCUUCCCGGACACCUUUUUUUGCCUUUUCAUUUAAUGACAAAGUAGCUAGUGUUGAAGAUGGUGACCUUGCUUUGUUGGAUUGUUGUCUUCAUCACAUACACAAAAGUGUGCCUUCAACAUAUGUCAUUACAGACUUUGAAUACAAUCCCAAGCAGUUUAACCCUUUCCCAAGUAUCUUUCACAUGACAUAAAAAUGAAGGCAUGUCCAACACUAAGUGGGUAUUCCCUAUACUAGUGUCACCCAAGGCUAUACAAAUUAGCCUUGGGUGACAAAAAUAUAAAAGGUAGUGUCUAAUGGGAAGUAUUCACUGACCACUGUAAUUAUAAGAGUAAAUGUACUGCAUGUAUUGAGUUCCAGUUUUCAUAUAUUUUUAUAUCUGUAGUAACUGUAGUGUGUGUAUUUUUGUUUUGUUUUUGUAACUCUUCUGCUUCUAAGCAGAACCUCAAACACAUUUCGAUGGUUUAACAUUUGGAAUACUGAUUACAGCAGUUUGUUUCGCUCUUCAAAAAUUGUACUAUGAAUUAGAGAAUGAAGGAAGGAAAAAGCAGUUGCAAUUGAUAUGUAUUUGAGCAUAUGACUAAGCAAGUGCAUUAUCUCCAUUGGACUAGAUAACCUAUAUCAGACCAGACUGCAUACAAUACAUUAUAUUUUAUGUAAAUCAAUGUAACGUAUGCCUAUAGAUUAGCAUUUGAUAUAGGUGAACUAUUUACAAUAUUUAGAGGGAUAUAAAAAGUAGUGGUAUACAUUUUGUAAUCCAUGAUUUGCAAAAUGGAAUAUUUGUCUUAAUAACAUACACAUUUCAGAGAGGUACUGUCCAGUAUUCAUUUAUAAUACUGUAACUCAGUGGUUCUCAACCUGUGGGUACCCAGGUGUUUUGACCUAACACUCCCAGAAAUAAUCCCAACCACUUUAUUAUUACUUAUUACAAGCAUUUAUAUCCCACCCUUCUCAUCCCCGAGGGGGGACUCAGGGCGGCCUUACAAUUAGCAUUAUUCAACACUGAACAAACCAAUAUAAAACAUAAUAUAUAAAAACAAUUACAAUUAAAAUAGAUAGCAUUAGUUAAAACAUCCAUAUAAAUAUUUUAACAGAUGUUAGGAUUUCUGGGAGUUGAUGGCCAAAACAUCUGGGGGCCCACAGGUGGAGAACCACUGCUGUAACUUCUCAAUCAGUUGCUAGAGUCUUAAGGCUGCAUAUUCUGCUUUUUCCUUGAAAGCUUUGGAAAUUCUAAGCGUUUACCAUUCUGAUAGCCCUUAAUAAACCAUUUCUUGUGGGAUUUCAUCAACUACAUCCCCACCACAUGAGAUCAUAUUAAGAAUGCUUCCCUUCCUUUGUUUCUGCAUGUAAAAUCUCAAUUAUGCAGGAAGUCUUAAUACAGAAAGCGAUAAUCUAGCUAUAGUAUGGACCCCCAAAUGGAAAAGGUGAGCUCAAGCUGGGGAAAGGAGUGACUAAGAAAAUGGGUAUGUGAAUAUGAAUCAGAAGUGUACUAGGUGAUCAAGCACCAAGAAACCAAUGGCAAUGGUUUAUCUUUGAGACCUCUUGGGCGUAAUUGAAGCCACAAGCUGUCCUGUGCACAUUUACUUGGGAGGAAGUGAUCUGGAAUACAUUAAAGACAUUUCUGAGUAUUUAUUAUGUUUGUAAGAAUCUUCAUAAAGAUGUUUGAAUGAUAAUGGAUGAAAAGUAGACAAAAUGAAUAGCACCUACCUGCCAAUGUUGAUGUCCCUCCUUUAAAAACAGCCCAGAGGGGGCUUGCUCACAAUACAGCUUCAGCUUGACCAUUCCACUUUGAAGAACUCUACCCAGAUUUGUCUAUAGUUAAUAAUUUGUUAUACAAUAUGACAAGCAAAUAGAGCAGGACAAAACCCUGCAAUUCCUCCCACUUCAUUGUUAUUUUCCAAGUCUGCUUUGAUGUUUGCAUGUUGAAUUCUUAUGUUUAUUUAUUUUUAUACUGAAACUCUUUUUACCAACAGCCUUAUAAACCAGUAAUGGGUUCAGUCUAUUAUGUUCUCACAAUACUAGCCCAGACGAGUAAAGAUUGCUCUAAAACUGUUUGUAAAAAAAUGUAUUCCGCAUUCAAACAGUUAUGACCUGUAUUCUAAA